AUGAAGGAGGAGAAUUUCCUUCGGCGCAGAUUUUCCUUGUGUCCAGCCGCCAUUACUCCUCAGAAGGUUGACAAUAACAAGCUGGGGCGAAACUUGUCGCUUGGAGCUGAUAAUGAUAUGAACGCGCUUAAUACAGGAAAAGAUACAGAACAUAACAGUCUAUCAAUUGUGGGGGAUGAAGCUCCGCUGAGUCCAAAUGCUGCUAGUAAGACUGAUAUUAAACUCUGCAAUGGGACAGACAAGGAAUGCUUGUCACCCACAUGCAAGUCGGCCAAGAUGGACACCCUCAAGGUGCAGAAAAAGAAUUAUAGGCAGGAGAAGAAGAGAGCCACUAAACAGCUCUUCAGUGCCCUGAAAGACCCCAGCGUGGUGAUUGUGGCUGACUGGCUGAAGAUUCGCGGCACAUUGAAGAGCUGGACUAAGCUGUGGUGUGUUCUGAAGCCGGGACUGCUACUCAUAUACAAAACACCAAAGAUCGGGCAGUGGGUGGGAACAUUAAUGCUUCAUUCCUGCGAGCUGAUUGAGAGACCCACUAAGAAAGACGGCUUUUGUUUUAAACUUUAUCAUCCGCUGGAUCAGUCCAUUUGGGCCGUUAGGGGCCCUAAAGGUGAAAAUGUUGGAUCCAUUACUCUACCUCUUCCCAGCAGCUACUUAAUAUUCAGGGCAGCUUCUGAAUCUGAUGGGCGCUGUUGGAUGGACGCUCUUGAACUGGCUCUUCGGUGCUCCAGUCUCUUCAAGAUUAAUCUUCCCAAGCAAGGAAAGGAAGGAGACAUCAUAACCCCACCUGAUGUGACCCAUAAUGGGCUGUACACAUUACUGCAGGCAUCUACCUUCUCUGAGCAGGAACUCUUCCAGCUUCAUGAAUCUGUGCAAGAAAAUGACACCUUGUCUGACAAAUCCGAAAGGGACAAUAUAGAAGAGUCCGAAACCGAGCAGAGUAGAAAAACAAGUGAGAGCGACCAGUCCGAAUUACACGGAGAGAUCUCUCUAGAUAGGGAGGGGACUACAUACAUGGAGGAACUGUAUGAGGAAUUUGGAGAGAUUGGAGAAGCGUCACAGAUGGAGACCGUCUCUGAUGAAAACAAAAGCUUGAUGUGGACGUUACUAAAGCAAAUGAGACCCGGCAUGGACCUUUCCAGAGUCGUUCUGCCAACGUUCAUCCUGGAGCCUCGCUCUUUUCUCAACAAAUUGUCGGAUUAUUACUAUCAUGCAGACAUACUAUCACAGGCAGCAGUGGAGGACGAUCCUUACUGUCGUAUGAAGCAAGUUCUGAAAUGGUAUUUGUCAGGAUUUUAUAAAAAGCCAAAGGGAAUAAAGAAGCCGUAUAACUCCAUCCUGGGAGAGAAAUUCCGCUGCUGCUGGUUUCACCCACAGACAAACAGUCACACGUUUUACAUAGCAGAACAGGUUAGUCAUCACCCACCAGUGUCGACCUUUCAUGUCAGUAACAGGAAGGAUGGAUUUUGCAUCACAGGGAGCAUUUUGGCCAGAUCCAAAUUUUAUGGAAAUUCGCUGUCUGCCAUACUAGACGGAAAAGCAAGGCUUACGUUCAUGACCCGUAAUGAAGAUUACAUCAUCACCAUGCCAUACGCGCACUGCAAAGGACUUCUGUACGGCACUAUGACUAUGGAGCUUGGAGGGAAAGUUACGAUUGAAUGCGAGAAAACCAGCUACACAACAGAGCUGGAGUUCAAACUAAAGCCGUUCUUCGGGGGCAGUGAUACAUUAAACCAGAUCAGCGGGAAGAUAAAUACUGGCAGCGAAGUUCUAGCAAACCUGGACGGACACUGGGAUCGGGAGGUUUAUCUCAACGAUCUUCAAACCAGCCACAGGGACAUAUUCUGGAAUCCGACUGCUGAUAUCCGAAGACAAAGACUCAAACGUCACAUUGUGUUGUUCGAAGAGCAGACGGAAAUGGAGUCAGAGAGGCUCUGGCAACACGUGACCAGCGCAAUCAAUGACGGAAACCAGCAGCAGGCCACCGAUGAAAAGUAUAUUAUAGAAGAGGCUCAACGAAAGGCAGCAAAGGAGAGGAAGGAGAAUGAUGAAGAGUGGGGCCCACAGCUCUUUGUGUAUGACGACAUCCUGGAAGAAUGGCGCUAUAAGUACGAAGAUACCCGUCCCUGGCAUCCUCUGACUGACAUUGCGCAAUAUGAAAAGGAUGGGAUUCUGCAAACCGUGAAGAGGAACCUGACCAGUAUGUUGGCCCCACGGACAGACCCCCAACACAAGAGAGGAACCCAAGAAGGAAGACAUCGGAAAGCCAGCGAGCAGCCUUCUAUUAGCAGCCAGACCACGGAGAGCAGCUGUUCUACUCCUGAGUCCAGACAUGAAUCCUCUGAUGAUGAUGGUUUUCAGGGCCCGUGUUCCCAAUGUGGAAAAGAGAAACAUGAACUUAAAGAAAUCCAGGCUGCAGUUUUAUCUCUGCACAAAACACAGCAGGAUAUAAAUAGAAACCUCAGCUCUCUGACCUGUCACCGCUCGUUUUCUGCAUGCUCACCGUCCAGGGCCUCGUUGCUGAAUUCCCGCCACUGGCUCCUUCUCUGCCUUUUCCUCGCCUGUCAGCUUUUCAUCAACUUUGUGUUUAAAUAAAAUCCAUUCAAGGACAGCACAGACACAACUUACCGUACCUCCAACAACGAUGACUCCCAUUGGCUGGACAUCAGGUGGGGGUGAAGCCUGGGAAUGGUUGCUUCCAUUAGUUGUUAUCCCUUUGUGUGACCUUUUCCACCUUCCUUGGUGACCAAAGGGUUCAUCACAGGGAAAACAAGAAAGCAUGGUGUUCAGAAGUGCGGCGACGUCACACAGGAAGCGGUGGAAUUAUGCAGAUUUCAUACUGUUUUGUCCUCUGUUCUGAUUGUGGCAAGUCCAUGCCUGGCUGCUAAUCAUUUAUCUUAAAAGGCAUUUUCACCUGAACUCAGAAAUUCCCCCGGUAAGUCUCCCUCUUCUGUCAAGUUGAUAAAAAUUCUAUUUAACGGGAACCUGGCAUGUUGAAUACAGUGUCUGAGCUGAAGGCUACAUGUUAUAGAGCAGGAGGAA